CAUCUUUAUGAUAGUUUUCACAACCCCGACCACCGAGCAGCUGGCACCACGACAAGUGUUCUUCCAGCAAUUAUUAUCGCUUCCGGUGGAGUACAGCCUGGACUUUGGAGCAUCCACCGCGUGGAAACUAGAGGAUCAGGGAGCGUGGGCCUUCGGACGGCCUUCCAAGCGCAACAGCCCGCGCAAACCGAGUCGCCUGCCGACUGGUCUCUUGGUCUGAGCCGAGGCAUGAGCGGCCACGAGCCGUGCGAGGCUUAUGAAGCAGCGCCAGAGGAAGCACCGACCAGCAGGCGAACGCAGCAGCGCGGGUUGUUUGGCUACCUGCCGCUCGCCUCCUUCGUGCCCUCCUUCCUCUUUUCUUCGGCUGCUGUUAGCAAGCAGGAAGCUUUGGGCGGGAAGGCUGUGGAAAAGGACGGCGGUCAACGCGAGGGCCUGCCGACUGCAAGCUCCUUCCUCCGCGGCGAGCAGCCUGCUGCGAAGCUCGGCGCAGAAAGCUCUGCUAGCACGGGCUCGUCUGCACCUCCGAGCCCCAGCCACAACGGCAGCCAGCAGCGCGUUUUGGUCCCCUACCGCAGUGACCGCGCCGACCUCUCGCAGGAGGCGAUGCACUCCCCCGCCCCCAGCCGGCUGCCCGGUGGCGGGCACGGCAGCCGGCAAACCACGAAACCAUCUUACCAUAAGCAGCAACACCAGCCUUACAGCCCGCAUGAUGCUGCAGCAGGUGCUGUCAGCGCGAGCCCCACGACCAGCGCGGGCGGCGCCUGGGGCAGCUCCUACAGCGUUGCCGGAGCCGACGUCGCCAGCUGCUGCAGCACCGGCGACCCAGGCGGCGCCAAUGGCCACCCUGGCACGCACAACCAUGGCAGCGGCGGUCCCGGCAAUGGCGCGGUGGCAAGCCCCGACCCAGAUCGGAGCAGUGCGGUGAAGACCCGCGGGGGCGGCACACCGCGCAGUGUGAGGCACGGCCAGACCGGUGGCAGCAUCGAUGGCGGUGGCAGUGGCGGUGGCGGUGGCGGUGGCAGUGGCGGUGGCAGCGGCCUGGGCGACACCAGCAGCGUUGCUGGCGGCCGGGUUGUGAGUGGUCGCGGUGGGGCUGGUGGUGCGGGAGGAGGUGACGUUGGCGCCGUGAUGCCCAGCGUCCGGCGCAGCCUCAGCUCGGGAUUAGGCACACCGUCAGCACCUGAACACGGCGGCGGCAGCGGCGGCGGUAACGGCGCCGGCGGUGCACGCGGCGGCGGUAACGGCGCCGGCGGUGCACGCGGCGCCGGCAACCCCAGCGGCAAGCCGCCCGUCCGAGCCAGCACGCCGUUCGGCACCGUCGGAGCGGCGGCGGGAGCUGGCGGCUCCCAGGCUCAGCCGCCCAUCAGCCUGUUUGGCAUGCCGCUGCCUCGCGUGCCAGGCACUGCCGGCGGCAGCGGCAGCAGCGCCCACUCCUCCCUCCCGCUGAUCUCCGUACCCGGCUUGAACCACCGCGUGCGCGCUGCCUCGCCCAAGCCCCGCCGCGUGCCCUCCCUCUCCGGGCCCAUCGCCCCAAACGGCCCCGCGCAUGGCCACGCCGGCUCCUCCACAGCCACCGCGCCCAAGCAGGCCACCAUAACUUCCUCAUCCGCCUCCGCCGCGGCAGCCGCUGCCGCGGCCUCGCGGCCCUCCCCCGGCGCGCUCAUUCGCUACGUCCUCGCGCCCGCGCUGCUUCUGCCGGUGGCGUGGCCGUGGCUGCUGCUCCGUCUGUGGUAUGUGGUGAUGUGUACGGCGGGGGUGCUGGCGGGCGGAGCCAUUGACGCCGUGGGCGCGCUGGUGGAUUUGCUGCGGCGGCACCGCCCCAGCGCCGAGCUGCUGGGUGGCUGGGCGGUGGCGUGGCUGGGCUGGCUGCUGGCGGCGUACUGGGCGGGCCUGGCGCAGCUGCAGCUGACGGCGGAGGACGCGCUCUCUGGCCUGUUCAGAGUGGCGGCCCCGCUGGCGGCCGCCCUCCUUCGGCGCUACCCCGCCCUGGCCGUGGCGCUGCAGCCGGUGCAGGCGGUGGUUGGCGCCGCCACCGCCACCGCCUACGGCGCCUUCUGCUUCGUGCACGACGAGAUCGUGCCUGUGGCCCUGGACCUGGCGGAGCGGCUGCCACUGGUGCACGUGCUGUUGAACAGGGCGGUGACGUCGGGCUGAGUGGGAGGGGGAGGCGGAGGCGGCGUGGGGAGCGGGGAGCGGAGAGUGGGAGGCGGCGGAGGGAGGAGGUGCGUGGAGAGGAGGAGCGGGAGGGAGGAGGGAGGAGGUCAGGAGGAGUUUUCGAAACUGUGACUAUGCGGCGGCAGAGGCAGUAGGUUUGCGCAGGUGUCGUUAACGUCGUCGUGUCGUGGCAAAUUUGGUGCGUGCACUGCGGGCGCAACGGCUGGGACUGCGAGGAGUGCUUCUCGGGCCUGUGGCUGGUGGCCUGCUAUGAGCACAUUAAUGCACUCGUGAGGGGCAUCUGAAGACAUGACUAUAAUACUGUAGGAUUAACAUUUCAGAGCUGGCAUAUAGGGGAUGCAGGCUGCAGUGGUACUCGCCAGGGAGAGAUGUAAUAAGGCAGGUCAGACAGGGCCAGUUUCUGGCGGGAGUAGCACCCGCCUUGCAGCGAUGGCGGUAGAGUUUGCCAUCUAUUAUAAUGGAGCUGUAAUGCCUAUGCAAG